AACGUCAAACGGGGUAGGAUGGACGAUUGCAUGACAGACUGGAAAAUUCGACGCGAAAAGGGGGUUGCUGGGCGACCUACGCGCACUUGAGCAGUGCAGACGGCUGACAGAAGUCGGGCAAGAAUGGAGUAAUACAGACGAGCUAACGAACUAAGGAGCGAGUGAGCGCCGAGUCGAUAAGUGUUCGUGCAAGAAUAAUAUCAAAUGAAAAUAGUAAAUUCAUUGAAAAUGUUACAUUUAGUUAUACAUACUUCAUUCUAAUGAAAAUAUAUACAAAUGUGCAUAAAUAAAAAAAUCCAAUAAGUUAAAAGCACUGAAAAAUUGAGUCAAACGUAAAAAUCAACCCCAGAAGUUAAGAAAAAUUCACCACCACAAAUUCGACAAAAAAAUCAACACAUCCCAGGCUCACCUAAAGUUUACACCGACUGCACUACCACCAUCACCAGCAAUCAACUCCGCAGACAGUACAAAAAUUCAAGAAAACCUUAUGUCUGCAGUAACAACAGCAGAGUGCAAUCAGUUCUCAGCGCUGUGGGCUGAAAAUUAUUCAGUCAGAAAUUUCGUUAUUCAAAAAAUUGAUUCUCCACAUCGCCACCUCAACAGCUUCUAAGUCGGGUUCGCGUUCUAGUCCGCACGCAAACUUCAAUCAUAUAUGAUUAUCGUUUUGUUAUUAUUGUUUCAAUCACUAUGUCUAUACUGUCAACGUCUUGUCCUGUAUAUACACGAUCGAUGGAUCAAUCCAAAGAAUUCACGUCUACUUAAGGAAGCCGCUGAGACGUCCUCAGCUGCGACACGCAAGCUACUGCUAGAGCAAUACCAUACUGGAUGCUUAGAGACCAACAAACAGCCACGCAAACGAAACAAUCUAUCCACAUGUAGUGGUGAGCCAGAUGGUGCUGGAGGCAUUUUAGCUGAGGCUUGUCGUUUUUGCGCUAACAGUCCGCAGGGUUAUUGUUGUCAUCAUUUUCAUCUGCAAAAAUUGGAAAUACAGAAGGCACACAAGAAACAGAUACAGCAAUCUAGUGGCUACCUAUCGAUAGAGAAUCGACCACGCUUCUGGCAGCCACUCUGCGGCGGCAGCACUUCGACGACGUUGGAGGAAACAUGGGCGCAACGACGACAGCAGCGUAAAGUAAGUCGUGAAUUAAGGCAAAAUUUGAAAAAUCGAUUGACUGCCACCACUUCACGACAACAUCAAACACUACAACAACAAGAGCAGCAGCAAAACUCAAUGCAAAAACAAUAUCAGCUUCAAAGGCAGUAUUUGAGGCGACAGCAAUAUGAGGAGUUCAUGAGGGCAAGAAACGCCGGCAACAAUAGUAGCAGUAGUAGUUCCAGUAGUGGCAGUCCAUUGUGGGAUACGUCCACUUCAAAUUCAUCUAGCGGCUACCAAUCACCCUUCGCUUCUGUGUACAAUGUAAAUGGUUCGCUCUCUGAUAUCGAUACUACGGACUCUGGUCUAGCGACCUCUAUAGAAAGUGUUGCAUAUUAUGGUGUUGAGGAACCGGUAUCUGUCGAAGAAUUGUCCCCAAGUUUAGCUGUAGAACUAGAACUAGCAACAGCAAAGACAUCCACAAUAACAACAACCUACCUUUAAAUGACAUAACAAAACAAAAAAAAAACAUAAAAUACGGUGUAGUAUCUAGUUAAACAAUACAUAUUAGCAGUUAACCGGCAACAAGCGAACAGAGGGAAUUGAAAAUAUCGACAACCAAGAAGACGCAACAACACAAAAGGGUUCUCAAACAAAGGACUUGUACCGAGUGGGUCAAACGUGUGCAGGCGAACGAAGCAAAGUGCUUUUGCAGGUGUGUAGAAUACGAAACAACCGGAAGUGACCUUCUUUUCGUCAGACAACAGUGACUAGACUACUUAAAUGUCAAAAAAACAAAAACGCAUUCCGCUUGCAGGGUUCUUGAUUUCGAGAAUCUAAACUGUCAAGUAGUGACCUUAGUAGUAACAGUAGAACACUACAAAAGUGCUACGUGGCACUGAAAUCGAUUGUUCUUAAAUUCAACAAUUUAAUCACAAUCAUCUUGACGUACAUACAUAAGUUGUAACGUAAGAGAAAAAAAAUGUCCUCGGAUGACGACAAUAAUUCGUUAAACUCAUCAGCCCAAUUGGACGCAAGGAUUAACGAACCGUUAAGUGGCACAUCAACACCGACGCUGAUUUCGUCGGCGGCCAACACAAAUGCGGGUAAUGCAAGUGCUAGUGGCGGAAGUGGAAGUUCUUCUCAAUUGGUGAGACGUAAGAAAGUCAUGCCGCUGGAGCAUGGCUGCGAGGACAAUUGGACGUGGAGUAAACGGCAUCGUUCGAAGGAAAUAGUACUGAGUGGUCUCAAUAAUCGCACAGUUCAUUUUCACCCGAAUUGGAGUAAAGGAACGGCGGGUGUACAGGGCAAGCGUCCGCUGAAUAAUGGCCGCUUCUAUUGGGAAUUACAUGUAUCACAGCGUGUCUUCGGAACUAGUAUUAUGUUUGGUAUCGGCACAAAACAAGCACGACUUCACGCCAACUCCUUUCGCAAUAUGCUCGGUGAAAAUGAACAUGGCUGGGGUCUAUCGCACAAGGGUGUGCUGUGGCACAAAGGUGUAGCGCUAUUGUACACUAAACGUUUCAAAGAAAAUCAUCCCACAGUUAUAGGCGUGCUCUUUGAUGGCAUCGAGGGUACGCUCAGCUAUUACAAAGAUGGCAAAUGUUUGGGAGUAGCUUUUAGAGGUUUAGAUAAGAUCAAGGAACCGCUAUAUCCGAUUGUCUGUUCGACUGCUGCGAAAACUGAAAUGACUCUCAAAUGUACGCGACGGGAUUUUGUAAAUCUUCAAGAUCGUUGUCGCGCCGAAAUUAUUAAGCACGUCAAAACGAGAGAGGAUUUGGUGAAAUUGAAAUUGCCGCCACUCAUCACACAAUAUUUGAGCGAAGUGGUGAACGAUAUGGCACCACUGCGCCAAGUCGACAACUACGACAUUUUAUGCGAUUUUUAAAUUAUAGCAACUGACACCGCGUAAGUGGGAUUUGGAAUAAUAUAAUACUAUACGGGCGGUGGUACUAACAUGUGUGUGUGAAUUUGUGUGUGUGUGUGUAUUUACAAAUUAAAUAUUGUAACUAUAGUUUAUAAUUAUACCUA